AUGGCCGCUCCUGGCGGACCGCCCCGGCCUCCGGGUUUUCCCCCAGGGCCGCCUGGUUUGCCACCGGGGGCCGCUCCCGGCAUACCGCCCGGUGGGGCCCCGCGUCCCGGUUUCCCACUGCGCCCCGGCGGUACACCGCCGCGCACCGGACUGACGCCGCCCGGUGGACCUCCCGGCGGCUUACCUGGCCGUCCACCACCGCCUGGACUACCACCGCCUGGUCUACCGCCGGGUGCACCACCCGGUGGAUUGCCUGGCCGAGGUCUCCCGCCCGGUGGCUCGCCUGGCCGAGGUCUGCCGCCUGGUCCUCCGCCUGGUGGAUUGCCUGGAAGGGGUCUGCCUCUUGGUGGCUCGCCCCUGCGACCCGGCUUCCCGCCAGGUCCACCGACUGGUCUCACGCCUCCCCGUCCACCGGGCGCGCUUCCACCACCACCACCGCCCCCGCCGCCGGGGCCUGAUGGAGCGCCAGGUCUACCACAUCCUGGAGCGCCCGGCGUUCCCGCUCCUCCCGGAGCUCCAGGUGCGCCCGUUCAUCCCGGUGUUCCAGGUGCGCCCGCUCCUCCCGGUGUUCCAGGUGCGCCCGCUCCUCCCGGUGUUCCAGGUGCGCCCGCUCCUCCCGGUGCUCCAGGUGCGCCCGCUCAUCCCGGUGCUCCAGGUGCGCCCGCUCCUCCCGGUGCUCCAGGUGUGCCCGCUCCACCCGGUGCUCCAGGUGUGCCCGUUCAUCCCGGUGCUCCAGGUGUGCCCGUUCAUCCCGGAGCGCCAGGUGUGCCCAUUCAUCCCGGUGCACCAGGUGUGCCCGUUCAUCCCGGUGCACUAGGUAUACCCGUUUAUCUCGGUCCAUUCGGAGUGCCUGCCGCGCCCGGCGCGCCACCAUCAGCCGGAUCGGCCGACGCCGAUCGAGAAGCGCUCGUUAGAAAAUCCAAAGAGGAGCUGCAAGAGCUCAUCGCCCAGAAGCUCCAGGCUUGGGACAAGCUCACGUUGUCCAAGGCAAACGAGGAACGCAUCGAUGCUUUGAAGAAGCUCGUAACGAUUAACAAGGACGAAGUCGAACUUGCGGGCAAGGUAGGUCCGAAAGACAAGCUUGUUGACGUGAUGGACACGAGACUAAAGCUGGCAAAAGACACUAUAGACGACAUCAAUGCUGAGAUAAAGAAAGAAGCUACCGACAGGCUGAAGACCCUGGACCUGUGGGAGAAAGGUGCCAUUCAAGAUAUCAAGACAUUAAACAAAAUGGAGUCUGAGUUGGCUAUGCGUUUGUCGAAGAGAGGACGGCGCCCUGAUCCGAGAUCGUCGAUGGGCCAGAUAGACGAUAUGGAUGGAGACAUGGAUGACGUGGACAGAGGUUGGGACCGUGGACGCGACAACUAUUUUGAUCGGAGUCGAGAUCGCUAUCGCGACCGGGACCGCGAUCAAGACCGUGGCAGAUAUCGUGAUCAAGACCAUGACCGAGACAGCGAUAGGGAUCGAUACAGAGAUCGUGACAAUUACCGAGACAGAGAUCGUGACAGAGACCGCGACAUGGACCGAGACAGAGACCGCGACAGAGACCGCGACAGAGACGGGGACCGUGGCAGAGACCGAGAUCGCGACGGGUCUCGGGACCGUGGUAGAGACGUCGAUAGGAGACGCUCAAGUGAAGCAGACCGAGACAAGCGGAAAGACAAGGGUAAAGACAAGGACAAGGAAGAAAAACAAGCAUAUGGAAAAUCAAAGAAAGAGUCGGAAGAAAGAGAAACAAAGGGAAAAGUGCAACGAGUGAGCAUGAUAGAACUUGAGACAGGAGAUUCACAGGUGUGCGAUGACAAUCUGCUCAAGCUGCACGAGCUAGAAUUCCGAAUUGCGAAUGACAUGCUCAAAGGCAAAUACAAAGGCAAAAAAGGCCGUGAACUUACCUCACGAGAACUUAAGGAUAAACUGCGGAGGCUGUGUGACUUGGAAGUUCAGAUCGCAGAUGAGCUAUUUGGCCAGGAAUCCGAAGCAUCAGGAACAAUGGAAGUUGACGGCACCAUCACGAAGGCUACCCUCAAGCGCCCGCCCGCCGAGAGGGAAAGAAAGGCCAGCCGGGAUGUUGAUCGAGACAGGGAGACAGAGCGCGACAAAGAUUUUUCAUACUACGAGCGUAGAGAUUACUAUGAUCGUCGGGAGUAUCCACCAGACUACACGGAUCAGUAUGGCGGUCAAAUGGAUUACAACGCUCCAACGGAAUUCCGCGCCGAUUACAGACAGGUGACAACACAAAUGGGACCCCCGACGCAGCCCAUGCCUCAGAUGCAACCGAUGCCUCAGAUGCAACCAAUGCCUCAGAUGCAACCGAUGCAACCUAUGCAGCCGGUGCCCCAGAUGCAGCCAAUGCCACAGCCACCACCCACAGUACAUCAUCCAAUGGCGCAAACCGUAAUGCAACGAAGUGGUCCGGGGCCUACCCUAGGAGCAGUCGAAGAAAUUGGUAACGACCUGGUUCGCCACCAGGAAAAUAUCGAAGUAUCUGGUGAAUCUGGUGUUCAAGUAAUCAAGCACACCACGCAUUCAGAGUUAAUCCGCUGCGGGUCGACGGAGCCUCACGCCAUGCAGAUUCCAUCUAAGCCGGCUUUCUCAGUGGAGAGCAUCGAUUCCGGUCGAAAACCCAUUGUGGCUACUUUCGAGCAGGUAGCUGACGAUCAACAAACAGUUGUGAAGCUCAAGACUGCCAUCGACAUUGAGAUCAUACCACAAGGCGGCAAGCAGCCUCUGUCCGUGGCAGAGAAGACCGAGGCAGCGUCGCGCUCAAAGCCUGAAGAGACCGAGGAGGAAGAACCGCCUCCGCCUCCCUCGCUUAAGAAAAAGCGUUCCAAGGAAGCACAGCGGCCUCGUUCGCCGAGUGCAGUCCGGUCGCCAAGCCCUCCUGCGAUCGAGGAAGAGGACGAAGGCAUCGACGACGACGAUGAACCAUCGGGGCCGCGCAUUCCGGAGCUGGCCGACCGCCGCGUUACCACCGACGACGAAAUUCCGCCCGGACCAUCCUUCUGGCAGUGGAUCUGCCAAAGUAUAUACUCUCCCCGAGGAGGCGGCCGUUGCAACGUAACCGCCGAACGGCAAGACCGACCAGUGGCCCAGACUCGUGGCCGAUCGCGCAGUCGAGACCGGGAUGAGAGGGUCCGCGAGAAAGAGGAAGAGUUGCGUCAGCUGAUUGACAGCGUCAUCAAGGUCUCUCAGGAUGUCAUCCUCGCGCGCCGCGCUAUUGAGCUUGGGGGCGUGGGUGAAGAUCGUUGCAUGGGCAACAUGUUGGAAGCCGAGGGCAAGUUGCGCAACUUAAUCGACCUGGAGAUGAGACUGGCGAACGAACUUUCUAACUUCAGAAAUUCUGACAUGGUAGCCAAUGAAGAGUCACGCAUGAGUGUACUCAAUGCGGAAGAAAAGAUCCGUCAGCUGAUCGAUGUCGAGUCUCGUCUAGCAGAAGGAUUCGUGGCCGAGCGCAAGUCGUCAGUAAAGUCCAAAAUCUCCGAUGCCAUGUCUGAAGGUGCCCUGCGCAGCUUCGCCUUUGAAGAAACCGCUCUCGGCACAGAGGCGCGUGGGUUGCCGAAGAAUGUGCCGAAGAAGCCUCGCAAGCUGCUACCUUACAUGCUUCCAGACACAGCACCCGGGCGGAAGUCCAGGGCCGGAGACGACGAGAGCCGUAAAUGCCGGCGCAAGAAGGGCGCUGACACAGACGAUGAUAACGAGCCGGACGAGCGGCGCAGCUCGCGGCCUGCGCGGCCCAGGUCUCGGCGGCGAGACGACGCGGCGGACGACGGCGAACCACGGUCACCGCGCCGAAAGGGCCGCGACCAGGACGACGACGAGAGGCCGGUGCGGCGCAAGGCGAGUCGUCGAGCUCAGCAGGACGAAGACGAAGAGGACGACACAUCACGGCUGCGGGUGCGCAAGCGCUCUUCCAAGUCGCGCAAGGCCGAGGAGGACGACGAUUCCUGCAGGGCGCAGUGGGGCAGUGCAAAGCCUCGCAAACGCCGGGACCAGGACCAGGACCGGUCGUCCAGGAGACGUGGGAGCCGGAGCAAGGGGACGCAGAGGCAGCUGAUCAAGGUCCAGGAAGGCGUGCCCAUCAGAAUCAGCCUCAGCGGAAAGAUGCUUGAAGGAAAGAAGAGGCGUUCCAAGUCCGGCGACAAUUUUACGGAGAUGGCGGCAGACACUGCGCGGAAGAGCGCCAUUUCAGUGAUCGAGGUGUCGUCAUCUAUCUCCAUCAGUGACUCAAUGACGGAAGCUACGACAGUGGUGCAGAAAUCUUCAAGUGAUGGCACUAUCAUCGGCAAGCGCUCCAUCUCGUUUGGAACGCCGCGAAACAGAAUUGCCAAGGCGCGUACACCCUCCAGCGGUGCACGUUCGGGCAAGGGUUCUAGCCAGGUUUCCGUUCUGACUGUGUCCAUUAGCGACAGUGAGGACGUGGAUCCUCGUGGGCCACCACCAUCUCGGAGAGGGCGUAACCCCCUGGCGCCAAGAUCGCGGCCUGAAAGCCCUCCAUGGACAUCAGCGCGUUCACCGCAGCAUGUGACACGUUCGUGCAGCCGCCACCUCGCCAUGCAGAGGGCGGCGCAGAUGCGGGGCUACUCGAGAAGCCCUUCGCCUAAGCCUGGCUACACGGUGGCAUCUGCGCGUAUGUACUCGGCAAGCCCUACACGUGUGCGCAGUCCCAUGCGUGUUCCAAGCCCUAGGAGGACCGUUUUUCAAGUUGUGGAUGAGAGCUACUGUGCCGAGCCAGCCAAUCGUGACCGCGCACGCCUUCUGCGUCGCGAGGACCAACGUUUCCAGAUGACCGCAGACGAUCCGAAACCUCAGCGCGACGGCAAGUGGCACGAGCCGAAGCUUCGUGUCAGCUACGCAGCUCGAGUGCCAUCCCGUGGAAGCCAUUCAGAUAGUUCUCUCAGCUACAGCAUGUCUUCAAAAACGGCACUUGACUACGAGCGUGGAGACAGCUCACGUGGGUAUUAUCGGACCGCUUCUCAGCUCGAUCGAUACCGCGAACCAUCAGGAGAAAAGUCGUACAGCUCGACUCCACAACUUUAUUACGAAGAUUCGCCCCCGAGAACCUAUCACGAUCACUCGCCGAUGGGGGGCUACGUGGAAGGAUCGAGACACGCUUCUGGUGCACCAAUACACGGCCGAGACGUUUCACUGUCGAGAAUUAGCGAAUACUCCUCGCCGAAUGCAGGUCAUCAAGACUCGACUGGGAAAAUGAUAGUGAACGUCAGCUCCUCACGACUAGUCCGUAGCGCGUCCCUCCCCAGAACAAGCUCUUUCAAUCCAAGGAUGCCUCGUAGAGGUACUCCAUCAAGACUCGCUCGUGAGUCCAGUGCUCUCAGAGAUGCACGAAGCUCGUCGUCACCUCGUCAAAGCCGCAGUAUGUCUCCCCGUAAACCAGACACGGCACUCGCAAGAAUAAAGGUUCGUGCUGCGUCAUCGUUGCAUCUUGGCUACGAGACAUCGUCAUCCCGUUCUGAAAGUUCACGCAGAGUGACCGGGCGAGUUUCUCCAAAGUGGCUCGAACGUAAAGGCUUCUUCCCGAAUGGGCCUUUGUCCCCGCCACCACCAAAACCUCCAGUGCCUCCCCCGAUGCCACCACCUAAAGGUUUCUCAAUGGGACCUCUCGGUUUUGAGAGCACGAGCACAUCAGCUUCAGCCAUCCGGAUUACAAUGUCCCCACCUCCCAUGCCCCCUGUCCCACCCAUGUUACCGCCUCCAACGCCCACUGAAAUAGCAGCCUUGCAGGCUGUCACUGUAACAAUGAAAGAUCUUGGACGAAAGCAAAGUUCCUCUGAACAUGAACUGUGCGCGGCAGAACUUCAGCGUCAGAUACGCGAGAAACAGCAACUUCAGCUUGAGCAGCUAUUUCAACUUCAACAACCGCAGGACUUUAGCCCGCUGCAAGAUGUCGAAGAACAGCAGUUGCAGCAGCAACUUCAAGAGCUGCAGAAAGUUCUACAACAGCAAGAAGGUGCACCAGUGCUCCAGAAUAUGCUUCUAGAGCAGCAGAACAGACAGUUCUCGCUGCAAAUGCAUCCCGGAACGUCCUCGCUGUCUAACUUCAUGCAGGGCUCAGUACACCAGAUGCCGUCGCAGCAACCUGCUAUGCAAGACAUGCAAGACUGGGCGCGUGAGCAAAUUCCAGGGGAGCCUAUGUGCCACAUGCAAGAGUGGGGAUCCGCAAUGCAUAUGCCCGGACAAGCUCUUCAGAUGUCGGAGGGAAUGGUACCAACACCGCAGAAGUCGUCGCAGUCACCGAAACAGCAGCUACCGAAGCUAUCGCAGUCAUCACCACCUCCUCAGGCACCACAACCACCAAAGCCCCUGCAACCGGCACAAACGCCGCAGCUACAGCAGUCAUCGCAGGAGCAGCAACAGCCGAAACAAGAGGUUUCCGUUCCGUAUGCCGCGACCUCGAUCGGCAGCACCUCUGAGAACACCUUCUCCUAUUUCGCCAAGACCAUCGUCCCCGUCACCUGGAUUUCCUGA